UGGAGACGAGCGAACCCUAGGGCGUGCGGUGAUCGAUAAGUCUCUUCUCAUCCGACUCAGUAACGACGCAGAGGACAAGAUCAUAGCCUGGGUGAUGGUAUUGACUUCACACUCCUCAUCCUCUUUCGAUCAGCUACUUUCAUCCGACUCAACAAUGGCACAUAGGACAAGAUUGGAGGCUGGGUUACGAAUGCUUUCUGGAUUCCGUUCGAAUGUGUUUUUAUUUCAAAGCUUUCCUUGUUACACUUCUUCUCCGUCUGAUUUUUGGCUGAGUCUCACUGUUAUGGUCGACAUACUACUUUCAUUGUAAACAGUUUAUGUUGUUAGAUAGUGCUCUCAAUUUACUUGUUGGCAUAUUUCUGUGAGUAUUGUAAUUGAUCAUCGUUAUCUAAUGGAGAAUAUAUUUAAUGCUUAUAGGGGGUUGUCGAUUGAGG